AAAAAAUUAACCUUCAACAAAGAAAAAAAAAAAAAAACAAACAAAAGGGCAAAAAGAACAAGAAGAAAAAAAUAUCAACAUUAAUACAUUAUCUAAAACAAGAUGAAAGUUGAAAUCGCGGUUGCAAAUGUUAGUCAAAUUAUAGUAGAAAAAAAGCUACAAGUUUAAUCCAAAUUAAUUGAUAUUCAUUCAAGUUCAAGCAACUUUAACAAUUAACCACACAAAUAAAUAAAACGGCAAUAGACGCAAACGUAAUUAACAAUAUGAUAUUUAACUAAAAUACGAUUCGAAUGCGAAUUUUCAGAGAACAAAGUAAUAAGAAGAAGAAACACAUUACAAAGUAUAUAAAUUAAUUAGUGAAUUUCAUUUUGAAUAAUCCUUAUCCAAGCGGAACUGAUCUUAUAAGCAAAAUGUUCACAAUUUAAAAUGAAUUGCCCUUAAUUUGAUUUUGCUUUUGAUACUUGCACAGCCCUCAAUCGUUUAUUGUAUUUAAGUAGUUCAAAUCGAAAGAAAACAAAAACAGGAUAACCUGAUGCUUAUGUAUCCAUAAAUGUACACAGAACAGCUGAACAGCUUGAAUGUUCGGAGCUAGCAUCGAAAUCGUAAUAUGUAUGUAUUUUAACUCGAAAAUGAAAUAGAAAAAAAAAACAAAAACUCGCCCACAUUCAAAUAGAGCCUUAAUAAAAUGAAAACAACACUGCGAACGGCGAAUAUUUUGCGUUUUACUCAAUUCGCCUCAAAAAUUCAAGUUCAAUUCGCUUUGGCGCCUAAAGUCAAGCGUUAACCAACACAGCGUUUGACCAGCUGGCAGCGCUGCGCCGCUGGGCUAUUUUGCAACACUGCUAUCUAACAACAAAACUGCAUUUCAUUGUAAAUUCUAGAAGUUUUGCAUUUCUCUUCAAUUUUUACCAAAAAAAAAAAGAAAAAAAAAGUACACAAAUGGAAAGCUGCGCCGUUUUACCAACUCAGCAAAUGGAAGCCUGCGGCGAUGCGGCCAAGCAACAACAAAUGCCCCUGCCGGCUGCCGGGCAAGCCUUCACCUCGCACAUGGCCCAACUGAAUGCGGGCGCUUUGCAGAUCACAUUACGCGUACUCAAGAUGAACGGCAGCACAAUGCUAUUCCUCAGCGGCAAGGAUGCGGAACGCCUGGACGAGUUCGCCAUUGCCAUGCCGGCACGUCCGCCCAGCCAGCAAAUAGUAUCCACCACAUUUAUGGGCGAGAGCGGACAGAGCGAUUCCGUGGUGCUGGCCACAAAGUUGAGCAUGCGCCAUCGCCGUCAGUUCUAUGUGAGCAUGAACCUGCAGCUGGAUAGCAUGGCCCGCUCCCAGUUCGAGAGUGCCUUGGUCAGCUAUAUGCAGAACAACCUGGAGCUGUUCGUGUGAGGCAGCCGCCGUCAUCAUGUAUUUAUAGUUGUGAUUAAAGCCAAUGUCUAUGGCAUUUAUUUAUAUACCAAUA